CGCAAAAUUUGUCAGUUUCACUCGACUACUAGCAGCAGCAACAUGACUGGUCGCGGCAAAGGAGGAAAAGGUCUGGGAAAAGGAGGCGCCAAGCGGCACAGGAAGGUGUUGAGAGACAACAUCCAAGGUAUCACCAAGCCGGCCAUUCGUCGUCUGGCUCGCCGAGGCGGAGUGAAGCGUAUCUCGGGUCUCAUCUACGAAGAGACACGCGGUGUGCUGAAGGUAUUCCUGGAGAACGUGAUUCGUGACGCUGUCACCUACACAGAGCACGCCAAACGCAAGACUGUCACCGCUAUGGAUGUAGUCUACGCGUUGAAACGUCAGGGACGUACACUGUACGGAUUCGGAGGUUAAGCAAGCCAGCCAGCACAACACACUAUUGGACUGCUGCCGCGCACGCGUCUUCACCAUUCACGCUUUACUCCACUACAGCAAAAAGGCCCUUUUCAGGGCCGCCAAAA